UCUCUCUCUACCUCCUUUUUUUCUCGUUCGCCAAUUUCAGUAUUAUUUCCCACUAUCUUCUCUCUUUCUCUCUCUACUCAAUAACCUUUUUUUCUCUCUACUUCCUCUUUCUAAUGCGUUUCAAGAGAAUACUUUAGUGGAUCCACUUCGACGAGCACCUCAGGAAAUAAAUUGAGACAUCGAUGAAGGAUUGGUGGUUUUUCAGUGAGGAAUUGAUGGUGGUGUAUUUAUUAAUAUACUGGCGUGUGUUUUUCUGAAGAUUUUUGUUGUUUGAUUAGGAUUUGUAGUAGUUUGAAAGUGAACUAUGGUUGAUAGGAUUGAAUGGAUAAAUUGUUGAGCAUUACAUUUGAGGUCAGUGGUUCUUGUGCAAGGUUUCUGUGUAAUGUGGACUUAAGUAGGAUAUACCUUAUCUUCAAAAAAAAAAGUAGGAUUUUACCUAAUGUGCACUUUGCUUAGUUGUUUUUAGGGAGGAAUGGUGCUUGUGUGUUUGUCGAGUAUUUUCCGGUAAAUUUUUGUACGUAGACGAGGAAUUUUGGUAGUGGAAGAUUGUAGAGUAUAACUUUCAAUGUGAUGUUUACUUUACUUGGUUGUUUUGAGAAAAACACUGGAAUAAGUAGAGGAAGAUAUGGAUGUAGUGGGGUGAUAAUUUCGCUAGUGGGUUAUUUGGUAGUUGCUUUGAGAAGUUAAAAGUACGAAAGGCGAAGAGGAAGAUAUUGUUGUACUUGCAGUCAUUUCUAUCAUUUGUCAUAUAACAACAGGCUUCAUCAUUCGUCAUAUAACAAUAGGCUUCCAAAAAUCCUAAUCUAUCAUUUCGUUCUUCACUCAUGGCAUCCAAGUUAUCUUUGUCAUGCCUCUUCUUAUGAUAAGCCUAUUGUAUUUCCAAUCUUCAUCUUUUCUAACUAGUCCGGUCUACAUUGCACAUGAACAAAUCCAUGUAUUUUGAAUUGUUUGAUUGAAGACGCUUGUUUGGUAGACACCGAUAAGAUAGCAGAGGUUGAUUGCAAUUGAAGAUCUGGACCAUUACCUUAUGCUUUCUCAUGCUUGCAACUGAAAGGCUUUGCUAAAGUUUUUUAUGUCACUUGAUGCUACUAAAGUUGCUCAAUCUCAUAUUGGGAAGGGAACUUUGGCUUUGUAGUAGGGCUUUUUUCUGUCUCCAUGCUAGCGGAGAGCAUGCGUGGAAUUUGUUCUUCGGGUAAUGCCCCUGACCAGUCAAGCCGUCGAUGCACUCGGUGUGGUGACAAUUUCUCUAGUGGGUUCUUUUGUAGUUUCUGGCCUCCUGUGCUUGCCAUACUUACUGUACUUCCAUACUCGUAUUCAGAGACCAGAGUUACGUCAACUUGGUUACUUUAACGGACCUUGGAUAGUUCGAAUUAUUCUUAUCGCACUUGGUAUAUUCUGGGGAUUCGGUGAAAUUCUGCGGUUAAGUUUCUUCAGGAGGAAGGGUAAAAUCUUUCAUUCACCUUCCCAAAGAUGGCAGGAAGACAUUUGCAAGCUAUAUAUUCUAUCGAAUCUGGGAUUCACAGAGCCAUGCUUUUUCCUCUUAGUGUGUUUUCUUCUACGUGCAUCCCUAAAUUGGAGGGGAGCAGGUAUACUGAACCGGAAAUGGAAUUUUAAGACAAUUGGUUAUGUUCUGCUUUAUUGCUUCCCUAUCUUCAUCUUGAAUCUCCUUGUUAUCCUGGUUGCCCCCAAAUUCCGAAAUGGAAAAAUUAAAGUGCUUGGAAAAUUACCGGAAGAAUUUACCAAGCCAUAUGUGUCAUUCAAUGCAUCCGACCAACCCGUCAUUGCUUGCACUUACCCAAUGUUAUGUACAAUAUUCCAUGGACUGUUUUCCAUCAUUCUAAUCACUUACCUGAUAAUUCUUGGGAGGCAGAUGGUUGUUUCAGUCAUUAACAAAGGACUACAGAGGAGAGUUUACAUACUUAUAUUCGUUAUUUUAAGUUUCUUGCCCUUGAGGGUUCUUUUGCUUGGUUUUUCAGUUUUGGCUAGGCAUGAGCAUUUUCUCUUUGAAGCUCUUGCCUUUUCUGGUUUUCUUGUGCUAUUAUGUUGUGUUGUAGUGGGUAUUUUUAUGCUUGUUUUCUUACCUGUUAAAGAUUCUUUAGCCCUUAUUAGGGGCGUGGGGUUAGUGGGCUCCGAGGGAGGAAGAUGUUACACAUUAGAGGACUAUGCUGAUUCUCUUUCUCUUAUUGCCGCCCAUCAGAGUCAUCUCGAGACUAGCACAGCUACGACUACAAGCCUGGGUAGAAACUCUGAUGCCUCAACAAAACGGGGUUCCAUCUCAUUCCGGACUAUGAUUAAAGAUGAAACUUCAUCUGUCGGAGGAGUAUGCGAGGAAGAAAUGAACACAUUAUCCCCAGGCUUUCGGCUGUUGUCAACAUCAUCUCCUGGUUCCCCAGCUUCCCUACACAUGAAACUUCCAUCGUCAUAGUUUGGAGGUCCACAGUAGGGGAAAAAGAAAGGCAGAAGAGAAGCUUUUUUUUCUCAGUUCUUUUGUCUGGAUGAUAUGCUACUGUAAGUGCAAUUUCUGCCAAUUAAUAAGACUUUCUGUUCAUAGAUCAAAGGAAAUUAUACCCCCUUUAGCUUGAUGGAUUUCGAUAUUUGCCUUCUUUUUCAUAUAUCAUUUAUUUUGUUGUCAAUUGGUUGGUUAAACAGAAGAAUUGUUUUAAUAUUUUUGUUUUCUGUUUA